AUAUAUUUGCAUAUUUAUGAAAUGACCGAAAAUUAAAUUCAUAAAUUAACUAUUCAGACUUACGAUAAAUAAAAAUUGGUUGUCUAUCACGUAUUCUUCAACUGACAGACAAGAAAUAUCCACACCAAAGAAUAUAAAACGAAAGUGGUUUGAAGGGAAGAAUCUUCUAUAAUUUCAUCAAUUAUAAUUUGUUACAAGGCUAAACUGUGUUGAUUGAAUUGAACGACGUGUGCAGUAACAAAUUUUGACAGUUUACACCUAAGUCAAUCCAGUAACAAAGUGACAAUUCCGGUUUUUUCGUCUGGUUUUAAUCUCAGUUACAGCAUUAAAGGACAUUCAUGGCCACAUAUUUGAAUGUGGCGCUUAAAUACAGAUUCUUAUAGAUAAUGAAACUUUACUGUUAACAGAUCCUUGUACAGGACGUUUGGAUUGAAUGCUGUGUACACAUGAUAUACGUAAACGUGGGAUUGAAUUAUAUCUUAUAUUCAUUUAUUCAAUCUAAUGAAGUUGACCGAAAUUUUAUCCAGUAACUAACUAUAUCCAAAUUAAUUUAUUCAUUUUAUUUAAUGAUUAAUAACGAUGAAAAAACAUAUUUGUAUAACAAUAAACUUCGGAAUUAAAAAAGAAAGCAGGAACGUGAACCUAAAUGUGCUGGCUAAUCUCACAUAAUCUUCAAGACGAGCAUGUGAUCACAGAAGGGAAGAAAAAAGUGAAACUGUUUGAAAUGAAUCCGUGAAGAAUUACUUAAUAAUGGAGCGUAAUUUAAAAUGAAAUUACAUCACGUUUCUGUUUUUUUUUUUUUGCAUUUAUCUAUAAUGAACGGCAACAUAAAUAUAAUAAAAACUUUAAUAAGCCCACAGAUUACUUUAAUUCUGAUAUCUGAAGGAAAUGUUAAGUGCAGCGUUUCGUUUGGGCCAACGUAGGAGAGUUACUUUAUAAUUGUGUAAUACAAGAGGGUAAUUUUCUUCCAUAUUUUAUUUUGUAGCAGCAGAAUAAUUUAUAUCCCGAUUUCUGGCUAUUUAUAUUAGAUGGAAAAUGCGACAAAGAAAGGGUAUUAUUUCAUAAUUACUAAAAUUUAAAACAAAAUAUUAACACAACAGAAUCUAAUUACCCCAGUCGUACCUUUCCUCAAACUGUGUUCUCAGCGUAUUGAAAAUUCAAUGCGACGCUAAAGGCGGAGUGCUGAAUGACUUUAAGUGUGGACAACACAACACAGAGUGUGGUCAUUCAAUUAAACUUUCAACCGAAUUAUCUUGAAGUAGAAGAGCUGUGUCGAUUGGUGACAUCGAGGUUCGAAGUCAUGUCCCCAGGGUUCAAUGGGAUCGCCAAGUGGGGGCCAAUUGUGCUCUGUAUCGUUAUCUUCAGCCUGCUUCUCCAGGAAGCAUGGACCCGUCCUCGACUUCGACACAGCCACAGAAAGCUACGGUGCUCCAAAUGUCCGCCAGGUUGGGGUGUGCUGCAGAUGUGCACAGAUAAAACGGACACGGAGUGCGGUCCCUGUGACACAGGUUCAUAUUCGCCGCACCACUCGUACCACACACCUUGCUGGGUCUGUUCGCGAUGUGGCCCCGGGCUCUUUGAGGCCCAUCCUUGUCACCCCUCUGCUGACACAGUUUGUGAUGACUGUUUCCGUAGUGGAGUCUCUCACAACAAGGACUUCAUAUUCAAGUGCCGUCAGAAUGCGACGGAAGGACGCAUUGUUCAUGGUAAAGUGAGACGGAGACAUGAUGAAACAGAAACCGUCACGGCAUUGGAAUCAACAAAUAAUCUGUAGUGAACAGUGACAGAAAUCUGUAGGAUGUGUGGAGUGUGGGCUAGCAUUAAACAUGCCAGGAUUUUUUUUUUCAGGGGACAGCCAAUUUUCCGACGGAGGCUGCUAAAAUAUUUCCUUGUGAGGCCCUAACAUUAGCGAUGCCAGGACUUCUUCCAAAAGGGGCAGUCAGUUUUCUAAGCAGAUAGAAAAUUUAUGUCUAAGCUUAUAUUUAAAAAAGUUAAAAUUAAUUUUACACAUAGCCCUAGGGAAUUCAGAACAGAAA